AUGGGCAAGAAAAACGAACCUGGUCAAGUUAUACACCGUGAACUUUAUCAAAGAAUGAAUUUUCUUUACCAAGCAGCAACUUUAAUGACAAAAUCAACUAACACUAAAAAAAGUUUAAUCCCGCUUUCCCGAUUCUAUAUCUCCACAAUGAAAUCCAUUGGCACGAAACAAGUUCUUAGAAUUGAUCCUUCGAUAAAAAGAACUUUAUGCAAAAAAUGUGAAUCAGUACUUAUACCGGGCGUUACUUCACGAAUCCGAAUUAAGCCUAAACCGGAACCACAACUUCAAGUGUUGUGCACACAAUGCGGUACCACACGCGGAUAUCCUGCCAGGAAAGGGUAUCAACUAUUUUCAGAAAAAUCAGAAAAUAUUUAUGGAGCCAAAAAUGAUCAAAAAUUAAUCAAAGAAUAA